AUGGGGAAAAGUAUACAAUUGGACAAUACAAUUGAAUUUUUAAAAGGUCGUGUAUAUUUAGGUGCUUAUGAUUAUACUCCUCAAGAUGCAAGUGAUAUGGUAUUUUUUACUAUCGAGGAUUCAAUCUUCUAUAAUAGUUUCCAUUUAGAUUUUGGUCCAAUGAAUAUUGCUCAUUUAUAUCGUUUUGCCGUUAUAUUUCAUGAAAUUUUAAAUGAUCCAGAAAAUACCAAUAAAGCAGUAAUCUUUUACUCUUCUACUUCAACAAGACAAAGAGCAAAUUCAGCAUGUUUAUUAUGUUGUUAUAUGGUUUUGGUGCAAGGAUGGACCCCACAUCAAGUUCUACAACCUUUAGCUCAAGUAGACCCGCCAUUCAUGCCAUUUAGAGAUGCAGGUUAUUCUAAUGCAGAUUUUGAAAUUACUAUUCAAGAUGUUGUCUAUGGGGUAUGGAGAGCAAAAGAAAAAAGUCUAAUUAAUUUGCAAUCAUUCAAUUUAGAGACAUAUGAACGUUAUGAACGUGUGGAAUUUGGUGAUUUCAAUGUUUUAACACCAGAUUUUAUUGCAUUUGCAUCACCUCAAGAGAAUACACGAUUAAUUGGUGGAUCAAUUGAAAAUGCAAAACAACAUCUAAACCAACCGUUUAAAAGUGUUUUAAAGUUCUUUAAUAAUAAUAAUGUCCAACUAGUAGUGAGACUAAACUCACAUUUGUAUAAUAAAGAGCAUUUUGAAGAAAUUGGAAUUAAACAUGUAGAUAUGAUUUUUGAAGAUGGUUCAUGUCCAGAUAUGUCAAUUGUGCACAAUUUUGUGGGUGCGGCAGAAACUAUUAUUAACAGAGGUGGGAAAGUAGCCGUUCAUUGUAAGGCUGGUUUAGGUAGAACCGGUUGUUUAAUUGGAGCACAUUUGAUAUAUACAUAUGGGUUUACUGCGAAUGAAUGUAUUGGAUUUCUGAGAUUUAUUAGACCAGGUAUGGUAGUUGGACCACAACAGCAUUGGUUAUACUUGCAUCAAAACGAUUUCAGAGAAUGGAAAUAUACUAUGAGGUUAUCUCUAGAGCCAAGCCACAUAAUAGGAGGAUUAUAUCCUCUUGUUACUGUUUCUGAAUAUCGUUUACAAAAAGAAAAUAAGUUAAAGCAAAAGAAAAAGCAGAAAUUAGAACAUCAGGACAAAGAUAGGUAUAACCAAUCUAAAGAAGAUCAUAGUAGUAAUAAUAAAGAAAUGGAUGAAAGUACCAAUAAUGAUAAUGAAAAAUAUGACAGUGAUGUAAUGACACCUCCUAGUUCGAAGCCUAGUAAAAGACGACAAGAUAAUAGGGUAGAUAUCGACUUUAACCACUCUGCUGCUGUACCACAACAGUCCCCUGGCCAACCAAGAAAAGGCUUUAACGGAGCACGUACUACUGAAGAUAUUGCAAUUAGCAAAAAUAUUGACGAUUAUAAAACAAACACCCCAAGUUCACAUAAUGAUAAUAGUAUAGUGGCUAACUCUUCAGAUGAUGUUUUAAUGCAAGAUGAUAUAGAAGAGAAUGGUAAAUAUAAGCAUAAUAAGCAUUCUUUUGUAGAAGAUGCUAACAAAAGUGCAGAGGAAACAAUAAGACAGAUGUUACCAAGAAAUAGACGUCCCGUAGCUAACAAAAGAAAUAUCAGCUCCUCUGGUGGUGUGAGGAAAAUUAGUGGGACAAGCAGAAAAUAG